CGGGAACUCUAUGUUGGUGAACAUGUUACCUGAAUUUGUGUUGUAAAAUAAUAGUCUGUACUACGAUCACUAAACCACAGGAAUGACUCAAAGAGGAAUAACUGCAUUUUUCUCUCCGUGUGCGAAACCAAAGGUUAAAGAUAGGAGCGAAGAAGGAGUAGCCAGUAAUGAUGACAUUGAAGUGAAAGAGGAGAGGACUCCACUGAAGUUCAAACCUCAAACUACAGCUUUAGAUUCACCUCCAGUCAAAAAGACUUGCAAACAAAAAUCACGCCGCAUACUUGAUGAUGCUAGCGACGAAGAAAACAAUAAAGAAGACUUUUCACCAGCCAAGCACAGUGAACAUGUUGAUAUCCUGAAACAAAACACUGUAUUGCAAGAAGAAAAUACUAAAACAGAGCAUUGUGAAGUUGGUGACAAUAAGAAAGAAAGCAAAUUCAUAGAAGUGAUGUCUCCACAAAAUGAGAGGAUGCGUAUCCCUAAACGAAAGACAGGUCUUUUCUCAGCACCAAGAAAACCUGCCAAAAGGAAGGCCUCAAGUGAGGAAGAAUCUUCUGGGGAAAAUCAGGCCAAAGUGGUGAAACGAGCAAAGUCAGAACAGGACUCUCAGGAAAAUCAAAGAGAAAAUCUUGACAAGGCAGGCAAUCCUACAUCAAAUGAAAUGAAAAUGGAAAAAGCAGAGAGAGGAUUAAACUCUAGAGUCAAGGAAGCAACUAUUGUUAAGUGUGAGAAAGAUCAAACAGCAAGGGGAUCAGAAUCUAAGGGCAGAAUGAAAGAAAAAGAAAAUGAAAGUGGCGAAGAAUUAACUGAGAUGAAAGAAGAUACCGAAGAAGGCGAAAAAAAGAAAAAAACAAAAUCAAAAAAAAAUUUAAAGAGUGAUGGAGCAAAAGGUGAUAUGAGGCUGAUAGGCUCAAAACAUGCUGAAACAAAAGAACAGAUUAAGUCUAGUAAGGAAAAUGGAGAGGGAGAUUCUGAGACAGUGAUAAAGAAAGAUAAAGAAAAAGAAAUAUCCAGUAGUCAAGACUCCAGGGGUGAAAGAAAAGUUAAAGGAGCAUUCAUUGACUUCUUCUCUCCUAAACGGUCCAAAAAGGAAGAAAGUAACAAUGAAAAACUUCCAGAGAAGAGUAAAAGUGACAGAGACAAUCCACCAACAAAGAAAACAAGCUCUUCAAAUAAAACUGGGCUCAGUGAACCUGUGAAGGCCACAGAAUAUUCUCCAGAGAAAAGUGACUAUCACCCCAUUAAAAAUGCUUGUUGGAAACAUGGAGAAAGAGUACCUUACUUGGCUGUAGCCAAAUCAUUUCAGGCCAUAGAAGACACUUCAGCAAGGUUGAAAAUCACCUCCAUCCUCAGCAAUUUCUUCUGUUCAGUGAUUGUUCUUUCUCCUGAUGAUUUGCUUCCAUGUGUUUAUCUCUGUCUUAAUAAGCUGGCUCCAGCAUAUGAAGGAAUUGAACUUGGAAUUGGAGAGAACAUUCUGAUGAAAGCAGUUGCAGAGUCAACAGGACGAAGCCUUCAACAGAUAAAGUGUGAUGUUGGGGAAAAGGGAGAUUUGGGAAUAGUAGCUGAGAGUUGCCGAAGUACACAGCGCACCAUGUUUGCCCCACCCAAACUAACUGCUACAAGUGUCUUUACCAAACUGAAAGAAAUUGCAAUGAUGACUGGACACAGUUCCAUGACAAGAAAGUCAGAGAAAAUCAAAGGCAUGUUUGUAGCUUGUCGUGAUGCAGAAGCAAGAUAUUUGAUUAGAUCUUUAGGAGGCAAGUUAAGAAUUGGUCUUGCAGAACAAUCAGUGUUAACAGCCCUUGGACAUGCUGUCUUUCUCACCCCUCCUAAUAAAGAGUUCCCUCCUCCCAUUCUUGACAAUGCUAAGAAUUUUUCUGGUGAUGCAUUGAAAAAGAAACAAGAUGAGGCUGCUUUAAUUGUCAAGACCUGUUACUGUGAAAUGCCCAGUUAUGACAAGCUGAUUCCAUCUCUUUUGGAACAUGGCCUAGAAACACUGCCUGAACACUGUCAUCUAACACCAGGUAUUCCACUGAAGCCAAUGCUGGCUCAUCCUUCCAAAGGAGUGGAAGAAGUAUUCAAAAGGUUUGAGGAUGCAGCCUUCACAUGUGAAUAUAAGUAUGAUGGAGAGCGAGCCCAGAUCCAUGUACUAGAAAGUGGAGAAAUUCACAUUUACAGCCGAAAUCAGGAGAACAACACAUCCAAGUAUCCUGACAUUAUUGAAAGAAUGCCAAAAGUUUUAGGUGAUGAGGUUAAGUCCUGCAUAAUUGAUGCUGAAGCUGUUGCGUGGGACAGGGAAAAGAAACAGAUUCUUCCUUUUCAAAUUCUUAGUACACGUAAAAGAAAGGAUGCUGAUGCCUCAGAAAUAAAAGUUCAAGUUUGUGUCUAUGCAUUUGAUUUGCUGUACCUGAAUGGAAGGUCAUACAUCAAGGAAACAUUUCGAACUCGACGAGAAGCUUUACGAUCAUCACUCACAGAAGUUGAAGGGGAGUUCAUGUUUGCUCAGAGUUCUGAUUCAAUAAACACAGAUGAUAUUGCAGAAUUCUUGGAUGAGUCAAUUAAAGGUAAUUGUGAGGGUCUGAUGGUUAAAACCCUUGACAUGGAUGCCACAUAUGAAAUUGCAAAACGCUCACAUAAUUGGUUGAAGUUGAAGAAAGACUACCUAACUGGUGUGGGAGAUACUUUAGAUGUAGUUGUCAUUGGAGGUUAUCUGGGUAAAGGCAAAAGAACUGGCUCAUAUGGUGGAUACCUGCUGGCCUGCUAUGAUCCUGAGAAUGAAGAAUUCCAAACCAUCUGUAAAAUUGGAACAGGUUUUACAGAUGAGCUACUUGACAAACAUUACCAGUUUUUUAAGGAUCAAGUGAUCCCACAUCCAAAGGCCUAUUAUCGCUAUGAUGAUAAUCUGGCUCCCGAUCAUUGGUUUGACCCAGUUCAGGUUUGGGAAAUCAGAGCAGCAGAUCUUUCAGUUUCUCCUGUUCAUAAAGCAGCUCUGGGCCUGGUGGAUCCUGUCAAGGGAAUAUCACUGCGGUUUCCUCGCUUUUUAAGAAUCCGAGAUGAUAAGAAACCUGAACAAGCCACGGACAGUUCACAGGUUGCGGAAAUGUACAGAAGCCAAGAAACUGUAAAGAAUAACGCAAAUCCUCCACCAACCAUAGACGCCUCCGAUGACUUCUAUUGAUGCAAGAAAUAAUUCCUUUCCGUAUCCUGUGGAAAAAGAGGAAUUGGCGUCUCUUGAAAGCCUAGAAAAGUGACUUACUUGCACUCGCCAAAAGCAUUGCAUCUUCGGUUCACAGUAAGCGUUUAUUUGGACGCAGUGAUAAUAGGACGAGUUGAAUUUUCAAUGAAGAUGUGUUACCAGCUGCUACUCUGACCUUUUACGCCCUUUGUCUCAAGAGAGUGGUCAGAUUUUAAUUUCCUCUAACAUUUAUAAGACACUGUGUAGCAUUCAGGUAAUGAGAAUUAAGCCAAAUCAAGCUGCUGCGCGCGGAGGGACUAAGCAGAGCCCCAUACCUAUGUAAACAUGAUAACCGUGCACGGUGGUCGGAAGAUGGUAGAGCCGAACCGUCUCUCGUUUACUCGGUUUAAAUGAACCCC